AUGUCCACGCACAGGCAGUUCGUCUCUCAUGUCCACGCACUGGCAGUUCUUCUUUCAUGUCCACGCACCGGCAGUCCUUCUUUCAUGUCCACGCACCGGCAGUUCUUCUUUCAUGUCCACGCACUGGCAGUUCGUCUCUCAUGUCCACGCACUGGCAGUUCUUCUUUCAUGUCCACGCACCAGCAGUUCUUCUUUCAUGUCCACACACUGGCAGUUCGUCUCUCAUGUCCACGCACUGGCAGUUCUUCUUUCAUGUCCACGCACCGGCAGUCCUUCUUUCAUGUCCACGCACCGGCAGUUCUUCUUUCAUAUCCACGCACUGGCAGUUCGUCUUUCAUGUCCACGCACCGGCAGUUCUUCUUUCAUGUCCACGCACCGGCAGUCCUUCUUUCAUGUCCACGCACCGGCAGUUCUUCUUUCAUGUCCACGCACUGGCAGUUCGUCUCUCAUGUCCACGCACUGGCAGUUCUUCUUUCAUGUCCACACACUGGCAGUUCUUCUUUCAUGUCCACGCACAGGCAGUUCGUCUCUCAUGUCCACGCACUGGCAGUUCUUCUUUCAUGUCCACGCACUGGCAGUUCUUCUUUCAUGUCCACGCACUGGCAGUUCGUCUCUCGCGUCCACGCACAGGCAGUUCUUCUUUCAUGUCCACGCACUGGGUUCUUCUUUCAUGUCCACGCACCGGCAGUUCUUCUUUCAUGUCCACGCACUGGCAGUUCUUCUUUCAUGUCCACGCACCGGCAGUUCUUCUUUCAUAUCCACGCACUGGCAGUUCGUCUCUCAUGUCCACGCACUGGCAGUUCUUUUUUUCAUGCCCACGCACUGGCAGUUCUUCUUUCAUGUCCACGCACUGGCAGUUCUUCUUUCAUGUCCACGCACUGGCAGUUCGUCUCUCAUGUCCACGCACAGGCAGUUCUUCUUUCAUGUCCACGCACUGGCAGUUCUUCUUUCAUGUCCACGCACCGGCAGUUCUUCUUUCUGUCCACGCACUGGCAUGUCCACGCACCGGCAGUUCUUCUUCAUAUCCACGCACUGGCAGUUCGUCUCUCAUGUCCACGCACUGGCAGUUCUUCUUUCAUGUCCACGCACUGGCAGUUCGUCUCUCAUGUCCACGCACUGGCAGUUCGUCUCUCAUGUCCACGCACUGGCAGUUCUUCUUUCAUGUCCACGCACCGGCAGUCCUUCUUUCAUGUCCACGCACCGGCAGUUCUUCUUUCAUGUCCACGCACCGGCAGUUCGGCGUCCACGCACUGGCAGUUUUUCUUUCAUGUCCACGCACCGGCAGUCCUUCUUUUAUGUCCACGCACCGGCAGUUUCUUUUCAUGUCCACGCACUGGCAGUCAUGUCCACGCACUGGCAGUUCUUCUUUCAUGUCCACGCACCGGCAGUCCUUCUUUCAUAUCAACGCACCGGCAGUUCUUCUUUCAUGUCCACGCACUGGCAGUUCGUCUCUCAUGUCCACGCACUGGCAGUUCUUCUUUUCAUGUCCACGCACCGGCAGUCCUUCUUUCAUGUCCACACACCGGCAGUUCUUCUUUCAUGUCCACGCACUGGCAGUUCGUCUCAUGUCCACGCACUGGCAGUUCUUCUUUCAUGUCCACGCACCGGCAGUCCUUCUUUCAUGUCCACGCACCGGCAGUUCUUCUUUCAUGUCCACGCACUGGCAGUUCGUCUCGGUGCGUCCACGCACUGGCAGUUCUUCUUUCAUGUCCACACACUGGCAGUUCUUCUUUCAUGUCCACGCACAGGCAGUUCGUCUCUCAUGUCCACGCACUGGCAGUUCGUCUCUCAUGUCCACGCACUGGCAGUUCUUCUUUUGGCGUCCACGCACCAGCAGUUCUUCUUUCAUGUCCACACACUGGCAGUUCGUCUCUCAUGUACACGCACCGGCAGUUCUUCUUUCAUGUCCACGCACCGGCAGUCCUUCUUUCAUGUCCACGCACCGGCAGUUCUUCUUUCAUGUCCACGCACUGGCAGUUCGUCUCUCAUGUCCACGCACUGGCAGUUCUUCUUUCAUGUCCACACACUGGCAGUUCUUCUUUCAUGUCCACGCACAGGCAGUUCGUCUCUCAUGUCCACGCACUGGCAGUUCUUCUUUCAUGUCCACGCACUGGCAGUUCUUCUUUCAUGUCCACGCACCGGCAGUCCUUCUUUCAUGUCCACGCACCGGCAGUUCUUCUUUCAUGUCCACGCACUGGCAGUUCGUCUCUCAUGUCCACGCACUGGCAGUUCUUCUUUCAUGUCCACGCACCGGCAGUCCUUCUUUCAUGUCCACGCACCGGCAGUUCUUCUUUCAUGUCCACGCACUGGCACUUCGUCUCUCAUGUCCACUUACUGGCAGUUCUUCUUUUCAUGUCCACACACUGGCAGUUCUUCUUUCAUGUCCACGCACAGGCAGUUCGUCUCUUAUGUCCACGCACUGGCAGUUCUUCUUUUCAUGUCCACGCACUGGCAGUUCUUCAUGUCCACGCACCGGCAGUCCUUCUUUCAUGUCCACGCACCGGCAGUUCUUCUUUCAUGUCCACGCACUGGCAGUUCGUCUCUCAUGUCCACGCACUGGCAGUUCUUCUUUCAUGUCCACACACUGGCAGUUCUUCUUUCAUGUCCACGCACCGGCAGUUCGUCUCUCGCGUCCACGCAGUUCUUCUUUCAUGUCACUGGCAGUUCUUCUUUCAUGUCCACGCACUGGCAGUUCUUCUUUCAUGUCCACGCACUGGUAGUUCUUCUUUCAUGUCCACGCACAGGCAGUUCGUCUCUCAUGUCCACGCACUGGCAGUUCGUCUCUCAUGUCCACGCACUGGCAGUUCUUCUUUCAUGUCCACGCACCGGCAGUUCUUCUUUCAUGUCCACUGGCAGUUCGUCUUUCAUGUCCACGCACUGGCAGUUCUUCAUGUUUCAUGUCCACGCACCGGCAGUCCUUCUUUCAUGUCCACGCACCGGCAGUUCUUCUUUCAUGUCCACGCACUGGCAGUUCUCUCUCAUGUCCACGCACUGGCAGUUCUUCUUUUCAUGUCCACACACUGGCAGUUCUUCUUUCAUGUCCACGCACAGGCAGUUCGUCUUUCAUGUCCACGCACUGGCAGUUCAUGUUCUUUCAGUUGUCCACGCACUGGCAGUUCUUCUUUCAUGUCCACGCACCGGCAGUUCUUCUUUCAUGUCCACGCACCGGCAGUUCUUCUUUCAUGUCCACGCACUGGCAGUUCGUCUCUCAUGUCCACGCACUGGCAGUUCUUCUUUCAUGUCCACGCACCGGCAGUUCUUCUUUCAUGUCCACGCACUGGCAGUUCUUCUUUCAUGUCCACGCACUGGCAGUUCGUCUCUCAUGUCCACGCACUGGCAGUUCUUCUUUCAUGUCAUGUCCACAGGCAGUUCGUCUUUUCGUGUCCACGCACUGGCAGUUCUUCUUUCAUGUCCACGCACAGGCAGUUCUUCUUUCAUGUCCACGCACUGGCAGUUCUUUCUUUCAUGUCCACGCACUGGCAGUCCUUCUUUCAUGUCCACGCACCGGCAGUUCUUCUUUCAUGUCCACGCAUUGGCAGUUCGUCUCUUGCGUCCACGCACUGGCAGUUCUUCUUUCAUGUCCACACACUGGCAGUUCUUCUUUCAUGUCCACGCACAGGCAGUUCGUCUCUCAUGUCCACGCACUGGCAGUUCUUCUUUCAUGUCCACGCACCGGCAGUUCUUCUUUCGCAACGGCAGUUUCCUUUCAUGUCCACGCACCGGCAGUCCUUCUUUCAUGUCCACGCACUGGCAGUUCUUCUUUCAUGUCCACGCACUGGCAGUUCUUCUUUCAUCGUCCACGCACUGGCAGUUCUUCUUUCAUGUCCACGCACAGGCAGUUCUUCUUUCAUGUCCACGCACCGGCAGUUUCUUUCAUGUCCACGCACUGGCAGUUCUUCUUUCAUGUCCACGCACUGGCAGUUCUUCUUUCGUCCACGCACCGGCAGUCCUUCUUUCAUGUCCACGCAACGGCAGUUCUUCUUUCAUGUCCACGCACUGGCAGUUCGUCUCAUGUCCACGCACAGUUCUUCUUUCAUGUCCACCGGCAGUUCUUCUUUCAUGUCCACGCACCGGCAGUUCUUCUUUCAUGUCCACGCACCGGCAGUUCUUCUUUCAUGUCCACGCACUGGCAGUUCUUCUUUCAUGUCCACGCACUGGCAGUUGGCAGUUCAUGUUUCACUGGCGUCCACACACUGGCAGUUCUUCUUUCAUGUCCACGCACAGGCAGUUCGUCUUUCAUGUUGGCAGUUCUUCUUUCAUGUCCACGCACUGGCAGUUCUUCUUUCAUGUCCACGCACCGGCAGUUCUUCUUUCAUGUCCACGCACCGGCAGUUCUUCUUUCAUGUGGCAGUUCUUCUUUCAUGUCCACGCACCGGCGUCUCUCAUGUCCACGCACUGGCAGUUCUUCUUUCAUGUCCACGCACCGGCAGUUCUUCUUUCAUGUCCACGCACUGGCAGUUCUUCUUCAUGUCCACGCACUGGCAGUUGUCCAUGUCCACGCACCGGCAGUUCUUCUUCAUGUGGCAGUUCUUCUUUCAUGUCCACGCACCGGCAGUCCUUUCGCGUCCACGCACCGGCAGUUCUUCAUGUCCACGCACCGGCAGUUCGUCUUUCAUGUCCACGCACUCUGGCAGUCCACGCACUGGCAGUUCUGUUUCACGCACUGGCAGUUCUUCUUUCAUGUCCACGCACCGGCAGUUCUUCUUUCAUGUCCACGCACUGGCAGUUCGUGUCCACGCACUGGCAGUUCUUCUUUCAUGUCCACGCACUGGCAGUUCUUUCAUGUCCACGCAGUGGCAGUUCUUUUCAUGUCCACGCACCGGCAGUUCUUCUUUCAUGUCCACGCACCGGCAGUUCUUCUUUCAUGUCCACGCACUGGCAGUUCUUCUUUCAUGUUCACCGGCAGUCCUUCUUUCAUGUCCACGCACUGGCAGUUCUUCUUUUUCAUGUCCACGCACCGGCAGUUCUUCUUUCAUGUCCACGCACUGGCAGUUCAGUCCAUGUCCACGCACCGGCAGUUCUUCUUUCAUGUCCACGCACUGGCAGUUCGUCUCUCAUGUCCACGCACUGGCAGCAGUUCUUUCCACGUCUCAUCGGCGUCCACGCACUGGCAGUUCUUCUUUUCAUGUCCACGCACCGGCAGUUCUUCUUUCAUGUCCACGCACUGGCAGUUCUUCUUUCAUGUCCACGCACUGGCAGUUCUUCUUUCAUGUCCACCACUGGCACUGGCAGUUCUUCUUUUCAUGUCCACGCACCGGCAGUUCUUCUUUCAUGUCCACGCACUGGCAGUUCGUCUCAUGUCCACGCACUGGCAGUUCUUCUUUCAUGUCCACGCACCGGCAGUUCUUCUUUCAUGUCCACGCACCGGCAGUUCUUCUUUCAUGUCGCACCGGCAGUUCUUCUUUCAUGUCCACGCACUGGCAGUUCUUCUUUUCACCGGCAGUUCUUCUUUCAUGUCCACGCACUGGCAGUUCUUCUUCAUGUCCACGCACUGGCAGUUCUUCUUUCAUGUCCACGCACCGCGUCCACGCACUGGCAGUUCUUCCACGCACCGGCAGUUCUUUCAUGUCCACGCACUGGCAGUUCUUCUUUCAUGUCCACGCACUGGCAGUUCUUCUUUCAUGUCCACGCACCGGCAGUUCUUUUGGCAGUUCGUCUCAUGUCCACGCACUGGCAGUUCUUCUUUCAUGUCCACGCACCGGCAGUUCUGUCUGGCAGUUCUUCUUUCAUGUCCACGCACUGGCAGUUCUUCUUUCAUGUCCACGCACCGGCAGUCCUUCUUUCAUGUCCACGCACCGGCAGUUCUUCUUCAUGUCCACGCACUGGCAGUUCGUCUCUCAUGUCCACGCACUGGCAGUUGUCCACGCACUGGCAGUUCUUCUUUCAUGUCCACGCACCGGCAGUUCUUCUUUCAUGUCCACGCACCGGCAGUUCUUCUUUCAUGUCACGCACUGGCAGUUCUUCUCUUGUCCACGCACUGGCAGUUCUUCUUUCAUGUCCACGCACCGGCAGUUCUUUCAUGUCCACGCACUGGUAGUUCUUCUUUCAUGUCCACGCACUGGCAGUUCUUCUUUCAUGUCCACGCACCGGCAGUUCUUCUUUCAUGUCCACGCACCGGCAGUUCUUCUUUCAUGUCCACGCACCGGCAGUUCUUCUUCUGGCGUCCACACCGGCAGUUCUUCUUUCAUGUCCACGCACCGGCAGUUCUUCUUUCAUGUCCACGCACGGCAGUUCUUCUUUCAUGUCCACGCACCGGCAGUUCUUCUUUCAUGUCCACGCACUGGCAGUUCUUCUUUCAUGUCCACGCACUCUUCUUCAUGUCCACGCACCGGCAGUUCUUCUUUCAUGUCCACGCACUGGCAGUUCUUCUUUCAUGUCCACGCACCGGCAGUUCUUCUUUCAUGUCCACGCACCGGCAGUUCUUCUUUCAUGUCACGCGGCAGUUCUUCUUGGCGUUCGUCCAUGUCCACGCACUGGCAGUUCUUCUUUCAUGUCCACGCACUGGCAGUUCUUCAUGUUCAUGUCCACGCACUGGCAGUUCUUCUUUCAUGUCCACGCACCGGCAGUUCUUCUUUCAUGUCCACGCACUGGCAGUUCUUCUUUCAUGUCCACGCACUGGCAGUUCGUCUUUCAAGUCCACGCACCGGCAGUUCUUCUUUCAUGUCCACGCACUGGCAGUUCGUCUCUCAUGUCCACGCACUGGCAGUUCUUCUUUCAUGUCCACGCACUUUCAUGUCCACGCACCGGCAGUUCUUUCUUUCAUGUCCACGCACUGGCAGUUCUUCUCUGCGUCCCACGCACUGGCAGCAGUUCGUCUCAUGUCCACGCACUGGCAGUUCUUCUUUUCAUGUCCACGCACUGGCACUGUCCACGCACCGGUUCUUCUUUCAUGUCCACGCACCGGCAGUUCUUCAGUCCACGCAGUUUCGUCCACGCACCGGCAGUUCUUCUUUCAUGUCCACGCACCGGCAGGCAGCACUGGCAGUUCUUUUCAUGUCCACGCACUGGCAGUUCUUCUUUCAGUCAGUUCUUCUUUCAUGUCCACGCACUGGCAGUUCUUCUUUCAUGUCCACGUCCACGCACUGGCAGUUCGUCUCUCAUGUCCACGCACCGGGUUCUUUCAUGUCCACGCACUGGCAGUUCUUCUUUCAUGUCCACGCACUGGCAGUUCGUCUUCGCAGUUCUUCUUUCAUGUCAUGGCAGUUCUUCCAUGUCCACGCACCGGCAGUUCUUCUUUCAUGUCCACGCACCGGCAGUUCUUCUUUCAUGUCCACUGGCAGUUUCUCUGUCAGUUCUUCUUUCAUGUCCCACUGGCAGUUCUUCUUUCAUGUCCACGCACCGGCAGUUCUUCUUUCAUGUCCACGCACUGGCAGUUCUUCUUUCAUGUCCACGCACCGGCAGUUCUUCUUUCAUGUCCACGCACUGGCAGUUCGUCUCUCAUGUCCACGCACUGGUAGUUCUUCUUUCAUGUCCACGCACUGGCAGUUCUUCCAUGUCCACGCACCGGCAGUUCUUCUUUCAUGUCCAGUUCUUCUUUCAUGUCCACGCACCGGCAGUUCGUCUCUCAUGUCCACGCACUGGCAGUUCUUCUUUCAUGUCCACGCACUGGCAGUUCUUCUUUCAUGUCCACGCACCUGGCAGUUCUUCUUUCAUGUCCCACGCACUCAGUUCUUCUUCAUGUCCACGCACUGGCAGUUCUUCUUUCAUGUCCACGCACUGGCAGUUCUUCUUUCAUGUCCACGCACCGGCGUCCUUCUUUCCACCGGCACUGGUCCACGCACUGGCAGUUCUUCUUUCAUGUCCACGCACUUCGUCUUUCACACGCACUGGCAGUUCGUCUCUCAUGUCCACGCACUCGGCAGUUCUUCUUUCAUGUCCACGCACUGGCAGUUCUUCUUUUGUCCACGCACCGGCAGUUCUUCUUUCAUGUCCACGCACCGGCAGUUCUUCUUUCAUGUCCACGCACCGGCAGUUGUCUUUCUGUCCACGCACUGGCAGUUCUUCUCUCAUGUCCACGCACUGGCAGUUCUUCUUUCAUGUCCACGCACUGGCAGUUCUUCUUUGGUCCACGCACUGGCAGUUCGUCAUGUCACCGGCAGUUCUUCAUGUCCACGCACUGGCAGUUCUUCUUUCAUGUCCACGCACUGGCAGUUCUUCUUUCAUGUCCACGCACUGGCAGUUCUUCUUUCAUGUCCACUGUCUUCUUUCAUGUUGUCCCGCACUGGCAGUUCUUCUUUCAUGUCCACGCACUGGCAGUUCUUCUUUCAUGUCCACGCACCGGCAGUUUUCAUGUCCAUGUCCACGCACUGGCAGUUCGUCUCUCAUGUCCACGUGGCAGUUCUUCUUUCAUGUCCACGCACAGGCAGUUCUUCUCUUUCACUGGCAGUUCUUCUUUCAUGUCCACGCACUGGCAGUUCUUCUUUUCGUCCACGCACCGGCAGUUCUUCUUUCAUGUCCACGCACCGGCAGUUCUUUUUCAUGUCCACGCACUGGCAGUUCGUCUCUCAUGUCCACGCACUGGCAGUUCUUCUUUCAUGUCCACACACCGGCAGUUCUCUUCAUGUCCAUGUCCACGCACUGGCAGUUCGUCUUUCAUGCACUGGCAGUUCUUCUUUCAUGUCCACGCACUGGCAGUUCUUCUUUCAUGUCCACGCACUGGCAGUUCUUCUCUCAUGUCCACGCACUGGCAGUUCUUCUUCAUGUCCACGCACUGGCAGUUCCUUCUUUCAUGUCCACUGGCAGUUCUUCUUUCAUGUCCACGCACUGGCAGUUCUUCUUCAUGUCCACGCACUGGCAGUUCGUCUUUCAUGUCCACGCACGCAGUUUUCUUCUUUCAUGUCCACGCACUGGCAGUUCUUCUUUCAUGUCCACGCACUGGCACAUGUCCACGCACCGGCAGUUCGUCUCUCAUGUCCACGCACUGGUAGUUCUUCUUUCAUGUCCACGCACUGGCAGUUCUUCUUUCAUGUCCACGCACCGGCAGUUCUUCUUUCAUGUCCACGCACUGGCAGUUCUUCUUUCACGUCCACGCACCGGCAGUUCUUCUUUCAUGUCCACGCACUGGCAGUUCUUCUUCCAUGUCCACGCACCGGCUUAUUCUUCUUUCAUGUCCACGCACUGGCAGUUCUUCUUUCAUGUCCACGCACCGGCAGUUCUUCUUUCAUGUCCACGCACCGGCAGUUCUUCUCUCAUGUCCACGCACCGGCAGUUCUUCUUUUCACCGGCAGUUCUUCUUCAUGUCCACGCACCGGUAGUUCUUCUUUCAUGUCCAAAGUUCUUCUUUCAUAUCCACGCACUGGCAGUUCUUCUCAUGUCCACGCACCGGCAGUUCUUCUUUCAUGUGCUUUCUCCACGCACUGGCAGUUCUUCUUUCAUGUCCACGCACUGGCAGUUCUUCUUUUUCCACGCACCGGCAGUUCUUCUUUCAUGUCCACGCACUGGCAGUCAUGUCCACGCACUGGCAGUUCGAUCUUUCAUGUUACACCGGCUUGGUUCUUCUUUACAUAUUCUUUCAUGUCCACGCACUGGCAGUUCGUCUCUCAUGUCCACGCACCGGCAGUUCUUCUUUCAUGUCCAACCGGCAGUUCUUCUUUCCACGCACCGGCAGGUUCUUCUUCACGUCCACUCAUAAAGUUCUUCUUUUUGUCCACGCACCGGCAGUUCUUCUUUCAUGUCCACGCACUGGCAGGUCCACGCACUGGCAGUUCUUCUUUCAUGUCCACGCACCGGCAGUUCUUCUUUCAUGUCCACGCACUGGCAGUUCGUCUCUCAUGUCCGCACUGGCAGUUCGUCUCUCAAUCCACGCACUGGCAGUUCUUCUUUCAUGUCCACGCACCGGCAGUCCUUCUUUCAUGUCCACCACUGGCAAUGUCCACGCACCGGCAGUUCUUCUUUCAUGUCCACGCACUGGCAGUUCUUCUUUCAUGUCCACCACCGGCAGUUCUUCUUUUUCAUGUCCACGCACUGGAGUUCGUUCAUUUUCCACGCACUGGCAGUUCGUCUCAUUCUUUGCAACGAUAA